CGAAAGUUCAAAGAGCAUGAGGACGGAUGGCAUAAGCUCGAGCGCUACAACAAAAAUGGUUUGGUCUUGUUUGGCGCUGCUGCAACUUUGCAUUUUCUCCGUGGUCGUCUUAGGCAUUAGAUAGGCAUACCCAAAUGACGGGUGCAUUCCUGGCUGCCUUGCGACGGCGGGUGGCUACUGGAACGCCUCAGUCGGUUCAGCGAACUGUUGCAGCUAGGACCAUCCAUUUCUCUCCAACAUGCCAACAGCGCAAGAAAGGUGACGGUCUCCUCUCCGCGGACACCAACCCUCCGGGGUCGUCCUCAGUGACAGUUCCCAGCCAUCCCGAUGGCGUGAAACUGCGCGAACGGCAGUUUAAUGACCUUGUCCAAUUCGUGACAACUCGUACUGGCCGAAAACGGGUCAAUACUAAAGGCCAAGUUCGCCAAUCUGCAUGGUUGCGUCUUUUUCAACUGGCAUCGAGACCGGAACACCUUGAGCUCGUGUCAGAUAUAUUUCCAAGAUGGAGAGAUACUGGAAAGUCGUUCAGACCUGUUCAUGCCGAGAUGUUUGCUCGUCGGUGUGAAGAACUCAAAUGUCCUCUUCUUGCCCUCAAGGUGUUUGGGGACCAUACCAAGUAUGGUUUCGGUCUGAACUCCCUUCCUGCCGGGCGGCAGCUUAUUCACUCGCUGUAUGGCAAAUACCCCUUGGAAAAGACCAUGACAGCCGCAUCCCUAUUUGGUGUAUAUGGUUUACCGGCCGUGGGGAAUGACUUCGCUUCCUGCGCAAUGCUUUAUGCCGCUUGUAUACGAAGUAAAGACCCACAUGCUCAAGUGGUAGCCGAACGCCUCAGGCGUCAGCUCAUGAAACAGAUCGUCCAGACAGAGGAGGUCAAGGAACCUCAGAACAAACUCCUCCGUGCCCAACAUCAUGUAAAACCAACUUUAUGGCUAGCUCGGGCUAUCAGACAAAUCAAGACGGCACACAGAGAACAGGGCUUCCCUCCAGCGUCGUUUUUGGGAAUGUGGAAUGCUGACAAGAAGCCUCGGAAACCACGGGCUCACCAAACUGCCUCUGCAGAGGUAUCCGAGGCUCGCUCAUCUGAUGGAGUUGCAGCGAAAUUCGUAGAAUCUUUCUCGUAACAGCUUAAAUUACCAUGUCGCUAUCAGCAUCUUCGAGAGUCCACAGUAUCGAUCUCACAUUCAUUGAAAUAAC